AUGGUGGAACUUAUGCCUGACUUCUUAUCCAGGAGACGGACAAAGGCUUCUUCGUGGGAAACGUCUCCAAGGAUCUGGGGCUGGAGCCCCGGGAGCUAUCGAAGCGCGGAGUCCGCAUCGUGUCCCGAGGUUGAAAAUCUGGAAGUAAAAUUUAAUGAAAUCGCUGCUCCUGGAGCGCGCUAUCCGCUCCCGGAAGCUGUUGACCCGGAUGUGGGCGUGAACUCCCUACAGAGCUACCAGCUCAGCCCCAAUCAGCACUUCUCCCUGGACGUGCAAACCGGAGAUGAUGGAGCAGUAAACCCCGAGCUGGUGCUGGAGCGCGCCCUGGACCGGGAGCAGGAGGCCGUCCACCACCUGGUCCUCACCGCCUCGGAUGGCGGCGACCCUCGGCGCUCCAGCACGGCGCACAUCCGCGUGACGGUGCUGGACACCAACGAUAACGCCCCGGUGUUUGCGCAGCCCACCUACCGAGUCCAAGUCCCCGAGAAUAUGCCCCAGGGCACCCGGCUGCUCACGGUUAGGGCGAGCGACCCGGAUGAGGGAGCCAACGGACAAGUGGCGUAUAAAUUCCGGAAAAUUAAUGAGAAACAAUCUCCGUUAUUCCUGCUUAAUGAAACCACUGGGGAAAUAUCGACGGCAAAAAGUCUGGAUUAUGAGGAAUGUUCCUUCUAUGAAAUGGAAAUACAGGCUGAAGAUGUGGGGGCACUCCUGGGGAGGACCAAAGUGCUGAUUUCCUUGGAAGACGUAAACGACAACAGACCGGAAGUGACCGUGACAUCUCUACUUAGCCCAGUGUUGGAAAGUUCUCCUCCAGGGACAGUAAUUGCUUUCUUGAACGUGUAUGACCGAGACUCCGGGAAGAAUGGUCAAGUUGUUUGCUAUAUACGUGAUGAUUUACCUUUUAAAUUAGAAAAGUCAGUAGAUAAUUAUUACAGAUUGGUGACAUGGAAAUAUUUGGAUCGAGAAAAAGUUUCUAUCUACAAUCUCACAGUGACAGCCUCAGAUCUAGGAAACCCGCCUCUGUCCACCGACACCUACAUCACCCUGACAGUGGCCGACACCAACGACAACCCGCCCACUUUCCCUCAUGCCUCUUACUCAGCCUAUGUCCCAGAGAACAACCCCAGAGGCGCCUCCAUCUUCUCGCUGACUGCACAAGACCCUGAUAGCCAGGAAAAUGCACAGAUCACUUACUCUGUGGUGGAAGAUACCAUCUCCAAAGUGCCUCUGUCUUCCUAUGUCUCCAUCAACUCGGACACUGGGGUCCUCUAUGCACUGCGCUCCUUUGACUAUGAGCAGAUACGAGACCUGCAGCUGUGGGUGACAGCCAGCGACAGUGGGGACCCGCCGCUCAGCAGCAACGUGUCGCUCACCCUGUUCGUGGUGGACCAGAACGACAACGCCCCCGAGAUCCUGUACCCCGCCCUCCCCACCGACGGCUCCACAGGCGUGGAGCUGGCGCCCCGCGCCGCAGAGCCAGGAUACCUGGUGACCAAGGUGGUGGCGGUGGACAGAGACUCGGGCCAGAACGCCUGGCUGUCCUACCGCCUGCUCAAGGCCAGCGAGCCGGGGCUGUUCGCCGUGGGGCUGCACACGGGCGAGGUGCGCACGGCGCGCGGCCUGCUGGACAGAGACGCGCUCAAGCAGAGCCUCGUGGUGGCCGUCCAGGACCACGGCCAGCCCCCGCUCUCGGCCACCGUCACGCUCACCGUGGCCGUGGCCGACAGCAUCCCCGACGUGCUGGCGGACCUGGGCAGCCUCAAGCCUUCCGCCAGUGCGGACGAGUCGGACCUCACGCUGUACCUGGUGGUGGCGGUGGCCGCGGUGUCCUGCGUCUUCCUGGCCUUCGUCAUCGUGCUGCUGGCGCUCAGGCUGCGGCGCUGGCACAGCUCUCGGCUGCUGCGGGCGGCGGGCUGCGGCGGCGGGCUGGCGGACCUAUUCGCAUGA